UUUUAUAGUUAUACAAUAUACUACCACUUCACUUUCAAUAAACACUGAACUUCCAACAAAGAAAGAAGGCUGAGGUAGAAGCAGUGAAAGACAAACAACUGACGUUGGUUUUGAAUCUCUGAACUUCAUCAGUCAUCACUAACCUUUUCACAUGGCUGGACCAUCAUGGUUGGUGGACAGUAACAGAAUUGCUACGAAAAUAAAGAGUGCAUCUGCAACAUGUCAUCCUGAUAGAGUUACAUGGAAAAGCAACCCCAGCAGAGCUUGCCCUAAUUGCCAGUUUAUGAUUGACAACAGUGAUGUUGCUCAGGAGUGGCCAGGAUUACCUAGAGGUGUGAAGUUUGAUCCAUCUGAUCAUGAGAUUAUCUGGCACUUACUUGCGAAAGUUGGAGAAGGGGAUUUAAAGCCCCAUCCUUUUAUUGACGAGUUUAUCCAAACCGUUGAAAAAGAUGAUGGAAUCUGUUAUGCCCAUCCUCAAAAUCUACCAGGUGUCAAGCAGGAUGGAAGUGUAUCCCACUUUUUUCAUAGAGCAAUCAAGGCUUACAAUACAGGAACUCGAAAGCGUAGAAAGAUACAUGGUGAUGAUUUUGGUGAUGUCCGUUGGCACAAAACUGGUAGGACCAAACCAGUGAUCUUAGAUGGGGUUCAAAGGGGGUGUAAGAAGAUUAUGGUUCUCUACAUGAGCAUGGAAAGAGGAGGCAAAGCUGAGAAAACUAACUGGGUUAUGCAUCAAUAUCACCUAGGAACUGCAGAGGAGGAACAGGAUGGGGAGUAUGUUAUCUCUAAAAUAUUUUACCAGCAGCAGCAACAGCAAGUCAAGCAGGUUGAAAAGAUUGAUCAAGAUUUCCCUGAAAUCACUGAUCCAGUGACUGUAAAAGCCGGUCCUGUCACUCCUGACCCACCUCCUCAUACUGAAAGGCGUUGUUCAAAGAAUGACCUUGGGCAAGAUAUUACUGUUACUAGUGAAGUUCCCUUGGCUCAGCAUCCUGCAAAUGAGUGUAUAGAAAAAGAGGUUGAACCUGAAUACAAAAUGCCUGAUUUUGAUGAUCAACCCAAGGUAGAAAAUCAUACUGGUGAAGUGAUGGAUAACAAUGAUGUUCAUGUUGAGGAAGAUCCAAAAUGGUGGGAGAGUGAGUCACAACAUCUUUUGGAUUCUCAACAACUUGUGGAAGCGCUGUCUCUAUGUGAUGAUAUUUUUCAGAGCCAGUCUCCCAGUAGGGAUGGAAAUGAGAAUGGGAAUGGCAAACUUCGUCUUUCUGAUUAUGCUCAAUUAGGACCGGAGGAUUUAAAGAAGGAUCUAGAGGAGUGCCAAUACCUUGCGUGUGAUCCAGCAAACAUAGAACUUGAUACACCAACAGAAUUCCGACUUAGUCAGCUUGAAUUUGGAUCGCAGGACAGUUAUAUAGCUUGGGGUGGCGGCAAGGUGAUUGACUGAAUGUAGCCGGUUUGGGUAUUUUAACUGUGGUAAUUUUGUGCCCACUUUUUGUAUAGACUUCACCUAUUAGAAUGUCUUUGGAUUAUAUACAGUUUGCUUUUUUGGCAGUUUGAACUGUAAUACUGUAUAUUUAUAUGGGCGAGGUAUAAUCUUUUGCUGGAAACUUGAAUUGUAAUUUGUGGCGGUGAAGUCACUGUUUAUAUAACUCAUGCUGUAAUUAUAUACCUUUGUUGAGAAUGGAUCGAAGAUAUGAUCUAUUUGUUCUCUUUAAAA